AUGCCACUCAACCCAGCACCCUGCCCACAGGCGAUACAGACCAUCAGCAAGGCUUUCGAGGACCUAAGGCAGACAAUCACUCCCUUUGACUCACGGGGGUUUAGUGAAACUCUGAUCGAAGAUGUUCGGCAAGCGGCGCUCAAAAUCGAGGACCAACUGGCUGCUAGACAGUCGUUGAGGAACAUGAAACGGCUGAUGCCACUGUUCGCGAGCCUGGAGCACUAUGGCAAAGUCAUGGGUAUCCUCUGCAACGGGACUCCAUUUUUGUCGUGGGUCUGGGCGCCGAUUACGUUGAUUCUUCGCGUGGCUUCAGAAUACGUCGAAGCGUUUGAGAAGAUCAUCAAAGGUUACUCGAAGAUGGCGGAACCCCUGAGGCGAUUCCAAAUACUGGGCGCCACAUUCAGCAAGAGUAAGGAAUUUCAGCAGACGCUCGCUGUCUUUUACGCGGACAUCUUGGAGUUUCACAAGCAUGCCUACGUAUUUGUGAAACGCAGUGGUUGGAAGCUCAUUUUCCUCACUUCCUGGGGUCGAUUCCAACGAAAGUUCAACGGGAUCUUGGAAGACAUGACUCGACACGAAGCUUUGAUUGACAAGGAAGCAAAUGCACGCAACAUAGCCGAUGCGAGACAAAUGCGAGAGGAUCUCCGAUCAUGGAGGGAAGAAAACCUCCUGACGCAGCGGGCGGCGGACGAGGAACUGUCAUCGCGACAACUGGCGUUCGUUACGUCCUGGUUGAAAGUCGACGAGUCGGACCAACUGGCCAUCUUUGACGCUCUAUCGGUCGAGGGCGAGGCCUAUCCUGGAACCUGCGACUGGCUCCCGAACGAUGAGAGCGUGCGCUUGUUUCUAAAGCGUCACCCUUCAACAGCGCUUCUCUGGCUCCAGGGAAUUCCUGGUGCUGGGAAGAGCAUCCUCUCCAACCGGCUCAUCCGCUUCAUGGAGCUAGCAAAGCUUCCCGUGGUACGACAUUUAUGCAAUCAUUCUUUCGCAACCUCCCUGACCUACGAGAAUACCAUGCAACAACUUGUCCUUCAACUCAUCCGGAACGAUGUCGAGCUCAUAUCGUUUGUCUACGAAACCAUGGUCCUUGGUCGGAAAACACCCUCAAAAACAGCACUGCAAAAACUCAUCCUUGACAUUGUGUCGGUGUCGUCCAAGCUAUCAAGCCAGACUGACUACAUGUGGAUUGUGGUCGACGGCAUCGACGAGUGCCGUGACGAUCAUCAGAAGGCCAUCAUCAACUUGCUUGGCCUCAUCACUUCAAAGGCCGCGAAGUCGAACACCACUACCUUCAAGGUCAUGAUCUCCAGCCGCCACACCUCCACACUGGCACACUUGUUGAAGAAGAGUCAUAUCAUGUCGCUAGGCUCAAGAAGUGGCAAUGUUGAUCAUGCUAUUGGAGCAUAUGUCACUGCACGCUUGCGCCCUGUUUACGAGCACCUGGGGGAGUUUGGCUCAACCCAGGCAGACAUUGAGGCGAUUGAGACAUCGAUCGUCCGCAAAUCAGACGGAAUGUUCCUCUAUGCGAAACUUGUGGUCGACUACUUGACACACAACAUCAUCUACAAUACAGCGGAGAUCAUGAACUCUGUUAACGAGCUGCCCGAGAAGAUAGUGGACUUCUAUCAAAAGAUACUGUCGCAGAUUCUGACACAUCUUGACGACCGCUCCAUCACGCGCCUUCAAUUGAUUUGCAGCUGGAUGUCAUACGCGAAGCGCCCACUCAGGAAGCAUGAGCUGCUGUCCGCACUCUCCUACCACUUCCAGGAGCCCUUCGUUACCAAUCUCGCUCCGGCUCACAUUUUGGUGAUUUGCGACUCACUCAUUGUGGAGAAGCCCAACAACACCCCCGCAGCUGCCGCCAUCCAACACACACAGACAGUUUUGGCCUGUCUGAUACACGGCAUCAAAUCUCUUCCUGGUGAAGAGACCUAUGACAAGUCGCUUUCGGUGAUCAAGGGCCUCCACGGGCUUCUCGUCUAUGCCACAGAGUAUUGGAUAGACUACCUGCAGGAGACGUGCUCUCCAAAAACGGUAGUGAACCACAAACCGAACUUCUUGGACCUCCUACGCAUUCUGGACGAGCAUCUCGCCGUGUUUCACUUGCCUACGACUCCCACGAGAAAUGACGGAGGGCAACUUGAUGAUGACUGGACCGACCAAGCGAUGCCUCACUGGCCGAACGUGCGAUUCCACAUCACCAAAGAGCAGUCCAGGAGGUCUUCUGAUCACACCAACCUUGCAGUUGAUACUCAACACUCCCCGUCAUCCCUCUCACCAGAAGGCGGCAUAGAGACAACUCUGACUGCCUACAAGAAGACGAUACGCAACUUGCUUGACAAACAAUACUUCUCCGGAGUCUCCGCCGAGCACUUCGAAUCGUUCAAGGCACAGUUCCGCACGACGGCGUUCAGCUGCCGUUUCGCCUUGUGCCCAUAUGCUUCACGGGGAUUCGAGUCGUUCGAGAAAUGUCGUCAACAUGAAGCAUCACACGAGGUCCGCAUCAAGUGCGAGGCUCCGGAUUGCCAGUACCUGGCGUUUCAUUCACGUCAGGCACUAUCUAGACAUGUGAACAGGCAUCAUCAAGUAUUGCCGCCUCGGAGACGGAUCAGGAGGCAGCCUCGAAGUGUUGGACCAUUGCGUGCCGUUCUCUCUGAGGAAGGUCCACCCAACAGUGUCCCUGAUUCGGGGAAUUCACCACCAUGGUUAGCCGGGACUAUCGAUCGGCUAGAUGAAUCGCUUACUCAGGAUUCCUUCUUCUCUCCCAUGGGCCAGGGGUCGUCCACUCCUCCUCAUUUGCUCGGAAAAUCAGGUGAACCUCUCCCACAAACCAUUGCCCUGAUCGGAAGCACGCUCAAUGCCUCACUCAUGCACGCACCAUCUCGUUUCACACCAUGCUUUAGAGGAUUGUACUGA